CUGCACCUUUACUGUGCACACUGAAAGUGGGGGAUGGGAUACCAUUUGAUACGCAGCACAGCCCAAGUCCAUGACAAGAUGUCAAGAGGCAGAUAUAAACAUUUUAUUUCAUAAUGAAAAGGUCAAAACCUUCAGGUGCACAGGGGAGAAAAAGAAAGAAAAGAAAGAAAGAAAGCCCAAUAUAGAGGUGCACAGGGGAGAAAACGGAGAAAAGAAGAGGAGGAAAAGAAAGCCCAAUAUAGAGGUGCACUCAGGAAAUAUUUGCACUCUCUCUCUCUCCAAGCUGCUGGAGAAGUUAUAUCAGAUCUCCCACCUACACCACUCUCUGAAGCAGAACAAGAAGCUCCAGCAACCUCUCAACUACAUCUUGGUCAACUUGGCUGUGGCUGGACUGAUCAUGUGCGCCUUCGGAUUCACCAUCACUAUCACAUCUGCUAUUAAUGGCUACUUUAUUCUCGGAGCCACUGCCUGCGCUGUUGAGGGAUUCAUGGCCACACUUGGAGGUGAAGUUGCUCUCUGGUCUCUGGUAGUGUUGGCUAUUGAGAGAUACAUUGUUGUCUGUAAACCCAUGGGAAGCUUCAAGUUCUCUGGAAGUCACGCAGCAGCUGGAGUUGUUUUCACCUGGAUCAUGGCUUUUGCUUGUGCUGCUCCCCCACUGUUUGGCUGGUCAAGGUACCUUCCUGAGGGCAUGCAGUGCUCCUGCGGACCAGACUACUACACUCUGGCCCCUGGCUUCAACAAUGAAUCAUACGUCAUUUACAUGUUUGUCGUCCACUUCUUUGUUCCCGUCUUCCUGAUCUUCUUCACUUAUGGCAGCCUUGUGCUGACAGUCAAAGCUGCAGCAGCCCAGCAGCAGGAGUCAGAAUCCACCCAGAAGGCCGAGAGGGAAGUGACACGUAUGUGCAUCUUGAUGGUCAUUGGCUUCCUGGUAGCUUGGACACCAUAUGCCACUUUCGCUGGCUGGAUCUUCCUGAACAAGGGAGCUGCCUUCACUGCCCUGACCGCUGCAAUCCCCGCCUUCUUUGCAAAGAGCUCAGCUCUGUAUAAUCCUGUCAUCUAUGUGCUGAUGAACAAACAGUUCCGUAACUGCAUGCUGAGCAGUAUUGGAAUGGGCGGCAUGGUAGAGGAUGAGACCUCAGUUUCUGCCAGCAAGACAGAAGUGUCCUCUGUGUCUCAAGGAUAAAUUCUUCACUACUCCGGACAUCCUCCUUCCUAAUGUCAUCAGACAUUUUUAUACACCUACCAUUUUGCUUUCUUUCGUCUCUUUGAUCUGGAAUAAUCCUCGAUGUGGACUGAGUGAAGUUUGGGGAUGUCUUAAUCACUCAACCAGUGAUGAACGGCUCCAGGAACAAACUCAUGAACUGAAUUUUUCUCACUUUUUAUUUGAAGGAUGCUGGAUGGCAUUUGUCAUGUCAAAUGUGAAUUUGAAAUCAAUGCAAAUGAUGUAAGAUUUCUGAAUAUAUGUAUGUGGAUGCUCACUUUGACUCUCUUUAGCAACAGAGGCAAAGCUAUCCCUGAAAUGUUUGAGUUUUGGCACCAUUGAAUCUACAUUACAUCCUGAAAGAACAUACAGUUUGAAUGCCACAGUACCUCCUAAAGAUGUUUUUUUCUUACAUCAGUGGGGACACAUUUUAUACUGUUUUCAAAAUGAGAAACUGCAUACAAUGUGAAACUAUUUGUCACUUGCUGAGUUGACCAUCAUGAAUUGUAAACACUGUAUAUAAAAACAUAGCAUAGAUAAAUAAAUGCAUGCAUGGAAA